AUAGAGGUCAUACCGGAAGCCCAUCCCGCGAGCGUGUAUCAGCGGCAGGGUUAGUGUGCUGUGUACGUACGGAGGCCGCCAUGUCGUUCAUGUUGAGGUACAUCGGGCAGAUCUCAGCCGCCGUGUCGUGUGCAGCGGCAGGGUUCUCCUAUUAUCAGUUCUCGGUGUCACAGAAACAGUGGCAUGACGAGCAGCAGAAGCAGGCGUCCCUCCAGCUGGUCAGUCUAGUGGACGACUACUUCGACUCCCGGCUGGACGCGGCCAUCCACUACCUGUACGGACUGUCCGAGCAGGAAGGUGACGUCACAGAGCUCGCCAUGGACUGGGCCAAGAAGAAGUACUGGACGCAGCAACUGGCCGGAGCGCUCUGGCUCUGGCCAUGGCAGAGGCGGAUGAAGAAUGACGUGGAAGAGGUCGAUAAUUACGUCACGGUAACCAAGAACUUCUUCACCAAGUUCCGGAUCCUGUAUAACAGCGGAGGCGUGUCGCAGCACGAGAUCACACGUCUGGGCUUCCCGGGCGUCAGGCGCAUGCGCAUGUACAUCGACGUCAUCGAACCCUUACAGCACGCACAGUGCACCAUCUUCUCAAAAGACUGCGACUAUCUUAGAAAGUACGAGAAGUCAUUGGAGAAGUUUCUCAAGGAUGAGUUCUUAAACAAGGUAGACGGGAAAGACGACGCAGAAGAAGAAGUAAGAGUCAUGGAAGCGAUUAAAGCCAGACAAGAGAAGUUUCUCAGCGCAAGGAAUGAAAUCAGGGAUUAGAAAGUAUCAGAACUUCCGACCAUUUGAUAAUUCAAAUGACUAAGAAAAAUUAAAAUAUUCCUCAUAUGUCAACAAACACAAAACAGAGAUUAUGCCAAUAUCAUGUUUUGAGUAGACAGUUUU